AUGCAAUGGGAUCCAAUCAGUGACGAAGCUACAAAGACGGCACAAUCCAGUAAAGAAAUGGGAGAUACGAUUGCAGCCACGAUCAAAUCAAUCGAUGGUGAGCUGCGUAAACUCUCUCUUUCCAUGUGGUCAAAGCCGGAAUUGGGUUGGCAAGAAAAGGAAACGCACGAUUUGUUCGUCUCAUACUUGCAAGGUAAAAAUGGAUGGAAAGUUACACCACAUGCUUACGGGAUGGAGACAGCAUUCAGAGCGGAGUUUGUUCAUCGUCCAGAAGGGAUUACGGAGGAUCUUCCAACGAUUGGAUUCCAAUCGGAGUUGGACGCUUUACCUGGCAUUGGACAUGCAUGCGGACACAAUUUAAUCGCCAUUGCAGGUGUGGGAGCCAGUCUUGCUCUAGCAAAUGCCUUGCAAAAGCAUAAUAUCGCUGGAAAAGUGGUUUUAUUAGGAACGCCUGCUGAAGAAAUGCAAGGUGGAAAGAUUCGAUUGCUCGCCAAAGGAGCAUAUGAAGGGAUGGAUACAUGCUUAAUGGUUCAUCCAGCUUCCCUUGAUUCGGUCGGAAUUAUGUUAGCAAAGGCAGAUCUAUUGGUUCAUUAUACUGGUCAUGGAGCACAUGCAGGGGCUGUUCCUUGGGAAGGCACGAACGCUCAGGAUGCAGCAGUCUUAUCGUAUAUGAACAUCAGUGCCUUACGUCAACAAAUUAAACCUGAUCAUCGAGUGCAUGGAAUUAUUCAAGGCGAUAAAUCAUGGGCAUCCAACGUUAUUCCAGCAGCUUGUGAUCUGAUGUUUAAUGUUCGUGCGCCAACUGCGAACGAAUGCGAUACCCUUACAAAGAGAGUUCAAAACUGUUUCGAAGCAGCGGCCCUGGCAACGGGAUGCAAAGCAGAUAUCCGAGUUGCCGAUCCGUACAAGGAUGUUGCCAAUAAUGCAUCUUUGGGGGAUACCUUUCGAGCAAUUGCGAAUCAAAGAUUCGCCAAGAAAGUGACAAAGCAAGCAUUUUUUGCAUCGACUGAUUUUGGGGAUAUAACGUAUGCUUUGCCAGCUUUGCAUGCACAAUAUUCUAUCCCACUCAAGAAUCCUGCCACUGAUAAAAAUCAUACGCCUGGCUUUGCCAAUGCAGCUAAAACACAAGAAGCACAUGAUCUAACACUCGAGGCAGCCAUUACGAUUGCCGUUAUUGGAGGUAAAGUUGCAUCUGAUGAAAGGUAUCGUAAGCAGAUUUGGGAUGAAUGGAAGAAGUGGAAAGAAAGCAGCAAACAACAACAACAGUGA